AUGGCUUUCGUGUAUUACAAGUUUAAGAGCUCCAAACUCCUCCAUGCUUAUCCCAUUAAUGAUCGGUUCAUCUCAGUUCAUGAUUUCAAAGCCGAAAUCAUUGCUUCCAAUCGUUACGGCAACGGCAAGGAUUUCGAUUUGUUGAUCAGCGACGCCGAAAGUGAUCAACAGUUCACCGACGAGUCGGCGUUGAUCCACGCGAAUUCUUCCGUUUCGAUUCGUCGCGUUCCUGGAUUGCCUUCGUUCCCCAUUGUUAUCGGCGAAAGAAAACCCAAGACUCCCAACAAUCCAUCACCUGCUUCGAAAGAUCUUCAAGAAAACGUGGGGUUUGGACUUGAUUUUGAUCCAGUCCCUGAAACCCUAAUCGUUAAUCCAAGAAACACCCAAUGCAAAGAAGACAAAAUCAAUCUUGGGUUUAAGUUUGCAACUGAAAAAGGAUUCAUUAAGGGUUUCGUUGAAAAGAGCCAAAUCCCACCACAGGGAUACGUUUGCUAUCGAUGUAAUGUGACCGGACAUUGCAUUCAACACUGUCCCACCAAUGGCAACCCUAGCUUUGAUUUCAAAAAUGUUAACACGAUUUCGAAGAUGUCUGUCUCGAGUUCAAACAGUUCUGGGAUUUCUUCGAUUUCCAGUAAUGGCACUCCAGUUGAUCAGAAGAUAGCACCCGAAUUGCACUGUCGGUUGUGCGAGAACAUAAUGAAGAAUGCCUCUUUGACAAAGUGUUGUUUCGCUAGUUUCUGUGAUAAGUGUAUAUGGGAACGCGUCGUCUCCGACUCCGAUUGUCUCUGCCGGAGGAAAAUAACGGUCGAUGAUAUUCUGCCAAAUAAGACUCUUAGAGAUACCAUCGAUCGAAUCGUGAAUGCGGAAAGUACAGGUGCUGCCGCCAUGAAAAGGAAGGAUCCACCAGCAGAGAAUGAGACGCAACAACAGAAGAAGGUUGAUGUUGGUGAAGCAGAGUUUACAAGGAAGAGGCAAAGGGUAGCAGACUCAAAUCCAGAGUGGGGGCGAUGGCAAAGAAUGCCACUACUCACACACAAUCAAUGGAGGAGAAGAGGAGCAUAG